AUGAGGGACCUUAAAGAAUCUAUGUCCUUUAUUAAUAAAAAAUUUAAGGAAAUCGAGUCGGAACAGCUCGCAGCUAAAAAAUCUUUUAAAACACUGCAAGAUAUAAAUACUCAUUUAGGAAAUACAGUUUCUGACAAGUUGCAACGACUUAAUUAUUUGGAGCAGCAAUCUCGAUCCAAUAAUUUGGAACUUCAAUGUUUGCCUGAAAACAAACAUGAAAACUUAUACUCGACUGUCAAACAGCUAGGAAUUGUAAUUGGAUGUGAGUUAAAAUACGAAGAUAUACUUCACUGUACCCGGAUAGCUAAAAUGAGUUCUAGCAACACUCGUCCUCGAUCUAUCGUAAUCCAAUUGGCUUCUCCUAAAGUACGUGAUCAGAUUUUGGCUGCAGUUAUCAGCUUCAAUAAAUCAAAUCCGCAAAACAAACUCAACAGCGUGCACUUAGGUUAUACUGGUAUCAAAAAACCAGUUUAUGUCGUCGAGCAUUUGUCUCCAUCUAAUAAAGCUUUACAUGUAGCUGCUAGAUUGAAAUCAAAAGAAAAAGGAUACAAAUCAAAAUCAAAAGAAAGGGUAAAAUCUUCGUUAGAAAAGAUGAAAAUUCGGAAUAUAUUUACGUAA